GCGCGAAGUAACACAAGUGGCAUUAUGCAUUGUUGAUUAUUUUCACGCAUGGUACCUGCGUACCAGUUAUGUGCACCCCUGUAUAUAUAAAUAUAUUAAUUAGGGCUGUCAAUCGAAUAAAAAAAAAGUACUAAUUAAUCGCACAUUUUGAAAUUCAUUAAUCGGGAUUAAAAGUUUUUUUUUCUUCUAAAGACUAAAUCUUCUAAAUGAACGAGUAAUCCCUUCAGACAGCGUGUAUUUUAGACACUUGUUUAAUUGUAUUCUUUUUUAAAGACAAAACUUCACACAGAGCUGUGUUUUCAAAGAGGCUCCUACAUAUAAAGUGCCAGCGAGGUAUUUAAUAUCGUGGAUGAUAAAUUGUUUCUUCAGUGAAACAUCCAGAUUUGUAAGAAAAGGUGUAUUAGAGACCCCAUUGGUCCUGUCAUCUUUAACACUGAACAGCAGCAGAACCAGUGACCUUGAUAAACUGACCAUUCUAUCAGGGUGAGGCCCCGCCCCCCUGUAAUGUUCUCUAUCGCGCCAGAUUACAGCAGAAGUAAUGUACGGUUCUUUCCUUAAAGACGUCUUUGUUCUUUUAUUAAACUAAACAUCUGUUGUUGGUCGUCUCUACAGCAGCAUGUCAUUCUGUCUCGAUGUGUCGUUCACUCUUCUCGGCUCUCCGUCUCGCGCGCCGCAGAGCUCCAUGCCGGCGUGUCUGCGCGCGCAUCGGGGCGGAGCAACAAAAAAGUCCCCUGCACCUUCCGCCCCGCGUCACCGACACGUCGCCCUCUGUUUCUCUGUGAAUAUCGAGGAGCAGACGCGAGGAAGGAGGCGGACUGCCGCGGCUCGACACUCAGAGGAGUGCAAAAAUUUCAACGCACACCAGAAAUCCCAACAUGAGCUUCGGGGACUCUCUUCUGAAGCGAGGCGCCUCCAUACGGAGGAACCUGACAUUCAGCAACAAGAAAGAUAAAACCGGCAGGCAGGAGGCGAUGGGCUACGUCUCCGAAGGCCCGGCGGAGGAGGGGAAGGAGCAGAAAGAGGAGGUGGAGGAGGAGGCAGAGGAGGAAGAGAUGGAGGAGGCUUACAUGCUGCCAGACCUCCCCCACACCCCACUGUCAGUGAUGCAGAUCAAUAAGCUGAUCGAGAUGGAGGUGCUGGAGGAGGCGCACCUGAACCUGCUGGCCCUGCGGCAGGAGUUCCAGAGGGAGCGUGCGCGGUGCGGCGAGGACUCGCCCAUGGAACUGUCCAAGAAAGAGAAAGACCUGCACCUCCUCUACGGCGAGCUGAGGAACAAGCUGCACGGCAUCGUGCGCGACUCCAACUCCCUUCCCUCCAGAAACAAGGCGCUGCUGGUUCCCGUGGCUCGCAUCAUCCAGGAGGAGGAGAGGAGGGGGGUGGAGCCCGGCGGGCUGGCGGGCAGCUGGAUGGCGGCGUGGAGGGAGGCGGUGGGCGAGGGCGUGCGGCUGAAGGUGGCGAGCGUCCACCUGGAGCGGCCGGAGCAGAACGUGUCCUGGCUGGCGGUGCACCUGGGGUUGCUGGGCAAGGCCGUGGUGGAGGACCUGCAGGGCGUGAGGCGCGAGCUGCGCUGGUCCUACCCGCCCAGCUUCCAGGUCUUCAGCGCCUACGUGAGGAGCUACCACGCCGCUGCCGGGCGCCACGUGACGGCGCUCGGGCUGCAGACCACCGAGCUGAAGGACCUGUACGCCCUGCUGGACUGGAUCCUCAACCGCUACCAGAGCGAGAGGAUCAUGGGAAGUGAGUCUCUGCAGCCUGACAUGAUGGGCGAGAGCGCCGCCCUGCUGCUGGAGGACGAGAACCUCACACAGCUCAGAGACAAGUUCUGCUGCCGGGUGAAGGAGGACAUGAGGUCUUCUCUGGACCGGGUCAUUGGCCUGGAGCAGGAGGACGUCUGGAGGGACGGCCGGUCUCCAGAAGAGGAGGAGCAGCUCCUCAACGCUCCCUUUCACAUGGACAUCUGGACGACGAUGAACGGGUUCGUGAAGCUCUCCGGACUCAUCGACGCGGAGCUGAAGCAGAAAGUCACGAGCUGCUGCCUCCAGGAGCUGAGGGGCUUCCCCAGGAGAUUCGAGGAGGAGUUCCAGCGGCACUGCAGCUCCCUCAGGCCUCAGCCUCUCUGGACCGAGUACCAGAUAACGUACAUCAACAGCUUCUCUGCUUUACAGCAGCACAUGGACGGCUACCGGGACGCCUGUCCGGACCAGCUGGAUGGGUUCAGGCAGGAGGCGGCGGGGCUGAUCGGCCGGCUCUCCAAGGCUCUGGAGGACCAGUUCAAAGACGACGUCCAGCCGUUCCUGAGGAGGAUGAUGACGAGGAAGUGGCUCACCAAUGAUGAAGACUUCGGCCAUCUUCGCCGUCGGACGGAGCUGCUGUCUCAGCACUGCACUCUGAUGAGGUCUCCACACAAUCAGCACCUGGUGGGCCGUCUCCACUACCACGUGGUGAGGGAGUACGUCGGCCAGCUGAUGAAGAACAACUAUUCCUGUAAGAACAGGAAACACCAGAAGGCGGCGAGGAAGAUGAGGCUUCAGUGGAGAGAGCUGAGCAACCAGUUUGAGAACAUGAAGUCGGCUCACGAGUGGCUCUACGCGGCGGGAGACGACCUGAGCGACGUCUUGGUGCAGAAGAACCACAACGACAUCAAGGACCACCUGCAGCCCCUAGUGGAGCACUACCCCGACUUCAGCAGGAAGCACCUGCAGGCCGUCCUGGCCUUCAGGGGUCCGCUGGGAGUCCGUGAGCGCCAGCUGAUCCUGCAGCGCUACGAGGAGCUGAAGGAGAAAGUGGGCAUGGCCGGCGACCUGAGCCGGGUCCUCUUCGCCGAUAUGCCGGUCACCGUCACCACGGGCUGCCUCUCCAGCCUGCCAGCCUCCUGCCUCCGCCGGCUGCUGCCUGGCAACUAGCGGGAGGCCGGGACCUCUGCACCAGGACCUGGUCGUGGUCCUCAGGACCUGUUUCUCCUCUCUGGAGCUGUGCUUUGGGGGUCGGUAACCUUUGUCUAACACCAACACCUGGCGACGUUUGCUUCAGAGGAGGAGGAGCAGGAAGAAGAAAAGGACAAGAGGAGGAAGAGGAGAAAGAGGAGUAAGAAGAAGAAGGCUCCAGACCUCCAGGAUAAGAAAGGGAGAGAUGGUUUCUGUAGAUUCAUCCGCCGCUGAAAAUAAAGCUUCAGAUCAAAGAGAGAAAAGACUGUAAACCUGCACUGUGACAAGGUGUGUGUGUGUGUGUGACUUCCUGUUAAAUCUCUGAUGCCAGAUGAACUUGUGUAAUCUCGAGUGAGAAUAAAUUCACUUUUUAUGUCUU